ACUAAUUUUUAUUAUACAAUACUGCUACAUACUGCUACAGUACCAUCUUAUAAAAAGAUUGUAAAUUUUUUUGCAAUGGGAUGAUUUUGCAAGUCCGGCUAUUGGGGCUUUUAAAUACCCCAAAUUCUAACCUGCUUGUCGGACUGACACUGCAAUAACCAACCGCCAUUUAUGGAUUCAAAUCAACCGAGACCCGUAACUCCACAGCCUCCUCAAGGCGGCCGCCGUGGCGGUGGCGGUGGCAAUGGUUUCUCUGCUAUUCUCGUAGUCUUCUUAUCCUUUAUCGCCAUCUUCGACAUGAUGAUGAAUCAAUCACCAUCAACUAUUAGGAAUGGUUUGUCCAUUCUGCACCAAGUUCCAGAAGGCUAUGUUGGGGUUUACUGGAAAGGAGGUGCCCUUCAAAAGACGAUUACAGAUCCAGGUUUUCAUCUGAAGCUGCCUUUUAUAACCCAUUAUGAGCCUGUUCAAGUAACCCUUCAGACAGAUCAGGUUAGGGAUAUUCCCUGUGGUACAAAAGGAGGUUUCAUGAUCAACUUUGAGAAGAUAGAGGUUGUUCACCGGCUUCACAAGGACCAUGUGCAUGACACUCUGCUGAACUAUGGGGUGCAGUAUGACUAUACGUGGAUAUAUGACAAAAUUCCUCAUGAGAUCAAUCAGUUCUGCAGCUCUCACUCUCUUCAGCAAGUCUACAUUGAUGUUUUUGAUCAAAUUGGCGAAAAGAUGAAAGAUGCUCUCCAAGGUGACUGCACACAAUAUGCUCCAGGUAUUGAAAUCAUGAGUGUUCGUGUUACAAAGCCAACCAUCCCGGAAAGCAUAAGACGCAAUUUUGAACAAAUGGAAGAGGAACGCACUAAGGUCUUAAUUGCUAUUGAGAAACAGAGGGUGGUUGAGAAAGAGGCAGAGACAAGUAAGAAAAAGGCUAUUAGUGAAGCUGAGAAGAUUGCAAAUGUGAGUAAGAUCCUCAUGGAACAGCAGUUGAUGGAAAAGGAUAGUGCCAGGAAGCAGCAAGAAAUUGAGAACCAGAUAUACAUGGCUUGGAAAAAGAGUUUGGCUGAUGCAUAUUUCUACCAUGUACUGAAGGAAGCUGAAGUAAACAAGUUGAAGCUGACACCGCAAUUUCUUGAGCUUAAAUUCAUCGAGGCCGUAGCUGAUGAUACAAAAAUUUUCUUUGGGGAAAAGAUUGGCGGCAAUCAGCAAAGAGAGAGAGAGAGCAAACUAAGUUAAAGAGCAGCAUUGUGACUACUCAUAUUCAACAAUUGGGAAUGUUUUAUCCAGCAGAGCCUAAACAUCAAAUUUAGUAUGUUGAUUUAUUGUAUUUUAUCCAACACAAAUUUCGCACCUGAUCUUUUUAUUGUAGAACUUUAUAAUUUAAAAUUUAAAAACAAGAAGCAUGAAGCAAGAAGCAAGAAGAUGACCUUCCUAAAUUUGGUGGUGAGUCACUACUUCUGUCUAUGAAAUCAAUCUUUUGUGUUCAUUAUGCUAUAGGCAAUCAUGAUUAAAAGUGAACACAUUUAGCAUCUGAAUUUAAAAUAUUUUAUUCCAUUUUGUAGAAUUCAAUAGGUGUGUUUAGCAUCUGAAUUUAAAAUAUUUUAUUCCAUUUUGUAGAAUUCAAUAGGUGUGUUUAGCAUCUAA